AUGAUGCGAUUGUCUGGCUUGCUGUUGGUGGCCAUUUUCGGUGUGUUUGCUGCGUGGCUACCGACGAGGGAUGCUGCGAACAUUUUGCUCGUUUCGGCAUUUCCCGGUAUGAGCCAUUGGCUAAUGUUUGAGCACAUCAUACACGAACUGCUGAGACGAGGUCAUGAGCUGACAGCCAUCACCAGCUAUCGGUUGCGAGCGGAUGGCACGAAUCUUACGUCCCGAUAUCAUGAAGUUCUGAUCGAUCCGGUGUACGACUUCGAAGCGAAUGGCUUACCGAUGGAAGUGUUCUACAAAUCGCAAUCGUUCGGUGACCCAUUCUUCAAAAUGUCUAUCCUGUGGAAGCUGGGACUGGAGACAACCGAGUAUGCGUUUGAGAGUGAGAAUGUGAAGAAAUUCCUACGCACCGAUGGACUCACGUUUGAUCUUUUACUGGUGGAACAGUUUGUGCAGGAAAGCUUUCUAAUGUUUGCCCACAAAUAUCAAGUGCCGAUCGUUACUAUCAAUACUCUUGCCCAUGCAGACUAUAUAGAUCGUGCCUUUGGGUUAAUAACUCCGUGGUCAUUUGUGCCUCACUUUAUGCUGCAGUACGAUGAUCGAAUGUCCAUUACGGAACGGGCGUACAAUGUAUUCCUAUCGGUGUGGGAUGCAUACAACCGGAAGUUUCACUACAUGCCCGAGCAGACAAAGCUAGCGCUAAAGUAUUUUGGAGUGAUGUCGCCCAAUAAAAUGCUUCCCUCGCUGGAAGAGCUUGAGAGAAAUGUUAGCGUAGUGUUGGCGAACAAUCACAUUAUCUCCUCACGCCCGAGACCACGCAUCAAUGGAAUGAUCGAUAUUGCUGGAGUUCACAUCCGGAAGCCCAAAGAACUUCCACCAGUUGUUAAGGAUUUCCUCGACUCAUCUCAAAAUGGCGUCAUCUACAUCAACUUCGGUACCUUCCUCCGAAGCUCCGGAAUGCCACCGGAAACACUCAACGUUUUCCUAUCCCUAUUCCGUACUCUCCCCCAAUACAGCUUCCUGUGGAAAUGGGAAGCGGACACAAUUCCGAAUCUACCCCCGAACGUGCUCUUGCAACGUUGGCUCCCCCAAAACGAUGUCCUAGCGCAUCCCAACGUCAAACUGUUUGUCUCACACGGAGGUAUUUUCGGUACGCAAGAAUCCAUCUACUGGGCCCGUCCGAUACUGUUCGUACCGUUCUAUGGUGAUCAGCACGGUAAUGCGCUCAAGUUUGAACGCGCCGGUAUAGGGCUUACGCUGCAGAUUAUUAACGUUACGGUGGAGGACUUUCGGGGGAAGAUUGAGCGCAUUGUACAGGGACGCGAGUUUCAACAAAGCGUUAACCGUCUGUCGGCUAUUUUCCGCGAUAAUCCUACGGAUCCACUUGAGGAGGCUGCGUUCUGGAUCGAGUACGUCGUGAGACACCGUGGUGCAGCACAUCUGAAGUCGGCCGCUGUGUAUAUGCCCUGGUAUCAAUAUCUAUUGCUAGACAUCUUGUCAUUGACCUUGCUGGUGGUGGUGAGUGUGGUCUGGUUGGUGAAGACACUGCUCCAGAUGGGUGUGCAACUGAUGAAACCAACCCGUCCAACCAAAGUCAAAGUCAAGUGUAAGGGCGUAGCGAUCACAGACGUACCCUGUGCAAUAAGUUCAUCAAAUCGAAAAAUGUCGUCAGUUCCGCCACCCACAUCACCGAACUCACAACCAGUUACAGACUACACAAGACAGAUUUAUGUAUUUCCUGCCAAUGACACACUGUCUUUCUUCUCCCGGCAGCAUUUCCGAACUGUGUCGUACAUCAUCGGUUGCGUAUUAGCAUUUACCGCCCUCUGUCCACGUGCCGAGUGUGGCAAAAUACUGUUCCUGGUACCGUUUCCAGCUCCAUCCCACUGGCUGUGGAUAGAACAUUUCGUAAAGGAACUACUUUCCCGAGGGCACGAAGUAACGGCCAUCACUAAUUUCGCGCUCAAGGAACCACAUCGAAACUAUACCGAAGUACUGAUCGAUCCACCGUAUGACAUACCUUACUAUUUUCCCGUGUCAGACAUCUACGAGUCAAAGUACAACAGUGAUCUGAACAAUCUCUUCCUUUACUGGCGGGUGGGCCUAUCGACGACACAGUACGCGCUGGAGAACGAGAACGUACAGCAGUUCAUCGAGCAGGAUGAUACCGACUUUGAUGUGAUCAUAUCGGAGCAGUUCUAUCAGGAAGCGUUCCUGAUGUUUGCUCACAAGUAUCGGGCACCGAUCGUGACACUAUGUACACUGGGUCACGCUAAUCAUAUCGAUCAGGCCAUGGGACUCGUCACACCGUGGUCAUUCGUACCGCAUCCCGUACUACUGCUGUCCGACGAUAUGACAUUCUACCAGCGUUGCUACAACUUUUUGAUCUCACUUACCGAUCUGGUGAUACGACAGAUGUAUUACAUCCCGCAGCAGAAUAAGCUGGCUCAGGCACACUUUGCGCGGAUCGAAGGACCGGAGUUGAUGCCUUCGAUACGAGAUCUGGAGAAAUCCAUCUCCGUCAUACUGGUCAACAGUCACCUGUCGACGUCCCCACCAAGACCCACCAUUCCCGGCCUGGUAAAUGUAGCCGGUGCGCACAUCCGGCCCGCCAAAGAGCUACCCGAGGACAUUAAGAAGUUCCUGGACGGUGCGAAGGAGGGUGUCAUCUUCUUCAGCCUCGGCUCGUACAUGAAGAGUGCCGACAUGCCGAAGGACAAAAUGAAAGCCUUCCUGGAGGUGUUUCGCAAUCUGAAGCAACGGGUGCUGUGGAAGUACGAAAAUGAAGACAUUGCACGGUUGCCAAAAAAUGUGAUGGUACGCAAAUGGUUACCGCAGAGUGAUAUACUCGCCCAUCCGAAGGUGGUGCUGUUCAUUACGCACGGUGGAAUGUUUGGCAGUCAGGAAGGCAUCUACCGUGGUGUCCCCAUGCUCUACAUACCAUUCUACGGUGAUCAGCAUCGUAACGCGCUCAAGGCAGAGCAGGCCGGUUACGCACUUACAUUAAACUUCCCGGAGGUGAACGUGAUAACGCUGGGUUCGCGUAUUAACGAGCUGCUCACGAACCCAACGUUCAUGAAGCAGGCGAAACGUGCGUCGGAACUGUUCCGAGACAAUGUGGUACCACCGAUGCAGGAAGCGAUGCACUGGAUCGAGUACGUUAUACGGCACAAGGGUGCGAAGCAUCUGAAAACCAAAGCCAUCGAACUGUCCUGGACGCAGUACCUGAUGCUGGAUGUGUUUGGCUUGUUUACCGUCGGGUUCCUGCUGCUGGCAGCGAUAUUUUACAAAGUGAUUGGUCUGUUUCUGACGCCACCAAAACCGAAAGCGAAACCAAAGACGCGAGACACGAUGCUUGGGAUGAGAAAACCGAAGUUCAACUAA